AUGCCGGCGGCGCCGCGCCGCGCCGGAGCGGUGGGCCGCGGGCGCGGACGGUGGCCCCCCCCUGGCGAAGCACAGCGCAUCGUGCGGGUCAGAGGGCGGCGACAGAAGCCGCGCCUCCGCGCCGACCUGCGGGGGCAACGGGACACGCGGCGGACGCAGAGCGGCUGCGCGUAUUGGAUGCGGCACGCCAAUGCCUGCGAUGACGUUCACACCUGCGUUGAAGGGCUUACAGAGCCGGUUACCCUUUACGUCGCGCUGGCACCAUACACUAGGCACCAACUUGCGGGCUCCUCUGAUCUGUGGUCAGCAGAAGGCGUGGCUCUUCGCGAUAAUAUAUACAAUAGACAAGGGACAACAACCGUCUCCAAGGCGGGAAUCCAACCCACGACCCUUUGGACCGAAGCGACGUUGGUUGAAGAGACGGUAGGUGUAGCAAUGGAACUGUUAAUUAUGGUGACAAUAGAGCAACAGUAUGUAGGAGCAGAGAAAGGAAGAGAACAAAGCGUUGUGGCAAUGACAAGGAAGACAAUCUGCGCCGCCUCCGCCGCCGGCUCCGCCAGGAUCGGCACUCCGCCACACCCACCGCCUCUGCUAUCCUCCACCGCCUUAUCCGCCCUCGCCGUCCGCGCCGGUUCUGCUGCCUCCACCACCAUCGCCCAUGCCACCAUCUCCGCCACUAGCUGCACCCACGGCUUCUACCGCCUGUCUCCCCUUUCCCACCAUCCGGCUUCUCCCACCGCCUUUGGUUGCCUCCUGCGCUUUCUCCGCCUCACGUCACUACCCUGCGCCAUCUCCACCACCUCUGGUUGCCUCCACCGCGUCACCACCUCGUCUGCCACUCCUGCCACCUCGGCCACCGCAAACUACAACGCGUCCGCCUCCUCUUACUGCGUGCGAUACCGCGUCACCGCCCCUUGCUCUACCGCCGAUCUUCUUCACCGCCCCUUCCUUGGUGCGCUUCGUCGGCCCCAUCGUCCUGUCGUCCCAUCGCCCGCGUCCCCGUCGCCCCGUCACCCCGUCCCUUCGUCGCCUCAGUCGUCCCGCCCCUGUCGUCCCGUCGAAGCCAUCGUCCCGUUGUCCCGCCGUCUUUCCAUGCGCCCGUCCCUGCCAUCUCCAUCGUCGAGACGUCUUACGGCCGCCCGCGGCGCCUCCCCCACUCCCCGCCGCCACCGCCUUCUCUCUCACCACCACUUCUCCUGGUGA